AAAUUUUUCACAUAAAAACCCGGCCUUCAUUCAUCCAUCAUUCAUUGUGGUGACUUGGAGUGAUGGAGUUGAUUGCAUUCACAGUGUCAGUGUUGAUUUGGGGCUGUUUUGUGGUCCCCAAUGACGGACUGGACAAUGGCCUGGCACGCACCCCUCCCAUGGGCUGGCUCAAUUGGGAACGUUUUCGCUGUAUAACGGACUGUGAGCGGUAUCCUGAUGAAUGUGUCAGUGAGAAAUUGUUCAUGCGUACAGCUGACCGUCUCGUGGAAGAUGGUUAUCUCGCCUUAGGAUAUGAGUACGUGAUCAUAGAUGAUUGCUGGAUGGAAAUGGAGCGAGAUAAAGAUGGACGAUUAGUGGCGGACAGGAAACGCUUUCCAAGUGGAAUGAAAGCUCUCGCAGAUUAUAUUCAUGAAAGAGGCUUAAAAUUUGGAAUUUAUGAGGACUAUGGAACAAAAACUUGUGCUGGUUAUCCUGGUGUAUUAAACCACAUGGAAAUUGAUGCACAAACUUUCGCUGAUUGGGAUGUGGAUUUUGUUAAACUUGAUGGAUGCUACUCGUCAGUGGACAGUAUGGCGGCUGGAUACACCUAUUUUGGAAAACUUCUCAAUGAAACUGGACGCCCAAUGGUGUAUUCCUGCAGCUGGCCAGUGUAUCAGGAAGUUAAUGGAAUCAUGCCCGAUUACGAGGCUCUUCAGAAAACCUGCAAUCUUUGGCGGAACUGGGGAGAUAUUGACGAUUCAUGGGCAUCUGUAACAUCAAUUACUAAGUAUUUUGCAGAGAAUCAAGACCGUAUCCAGCCUGCUGCUGGACCGCAUCACUGGAAUGAUCCGGAUAUGUUGAUCAUUGGAAACUUUGGUUUAAGUUUAGAUCAGAGCAAAGCUCAAAUGGCAAUUUGGGCCGUUCUAGCUGCACCACUCCUCAUGUCCAAUGACCUCGACAAAAUUAGACCAGAAUUCCGAGAAAUCCUGCAAAAUAGAGAUAUUAUUGCUGUAAAUCAAGAUCCUCUUGGACUGCAGGGCAGACGAGUUGGGUAUAUACACAAUAUUGAGGUGUGGGUGAGACCAAUUACUCCUACUUGGGGAAUCAAUUACUCAUAUGCUGUGGCUUUUGUGAGUCACAGAACAGACGGAGCUCCUUUCACACUAAAUCUGGAUAUCAAGAACUUGGGCUUGAAGAGCACUAUGCAAUAUGCCGUUUAUGAUCUCUAUCAGCCAGGCAAUAAAACAAUGUUUUUUGUGGGAAAAUCAUCAAAACUUAGCGUGAGGGUCAAUCCAACUGGUGUUGUCUUCUUUAAAUUCGAAGCACUAAAUCCUAACUUCAGAAGCUUCAGAGUGGCGUAACCUAGAAGCAGUAUAGUAAUUAUCAUUUGUUAAUUCGAUGAAAUUAUGAAUAAUAAAUGGUGGUUGUACAGUA